GCUCUGAACGUGGCGCGGAGUUUGCUCCCGCGCGGCUGGGACUGGUGGGCGGAAUGUCCCAAGCUGGUACCGGUGUGUGCGGUAAUGGGGGGCAAGAAGACUCUGCUGCUGCCGGCCCGUUCAGCUUCAGCCCAGAGCCCACGCUUGAGGACAUCCGACGCCUCCAUGCAGAGUUUGCUGCUGAGCGGGACUGGGAACAGUUCCACCAGCCUCGGAACCUGCUCCUAGCCUUGGUGGGAGAAGUGGGCGAGCUGGCAGAACUCUUUCAGUGGAAGUCUGACGCAGAGCCUGGUCCUCAGGCAUGGCAGCCAAAGGAGAGAGCAGCCCUUCAGGAGGAGCUUAGUGACGUCCUCAUCUACCUGGUGGCAUUAGCAGCCCGUUGUCAUGUGGACUUACCUCGAGCAGUAAUCUCCAAAAUGGACACCAACCGCCAACGUUACCCAGUCCAUCUGUCCCGGGGCUCUGCCUGCAAGUACACAGACUUGCCCCGUGGGACCCUCUCUGAAAACGAGGCUGUGGGGUCUGGAGACCCUGCCUCUGAGUUGGGAAACCAGGCUUCCACCUAGAAAAACAGUGCUAGUCUGGUCUUUUUUAAGUCAUAGAUCUGGGCCUGGUGUUUUCUCUCUCAUUAAAAUAACGUAAGGCAA